AUGGACAUAAUGAUGGAAGAUGAUGAGUCAGUCAAUUUUGUAGUAGAGCAUAUUGACUCUCAUCCUAAGUUAAGUGAUGAUUACAAGAAUCUAAGUCAUGACCAUAUUAUCUAAAGUAGGUAGGAUGGUAUUCUUAGAUCUCAUAGAUAAUCAGAAAAGGAUAGAUUCAAUGCUAGGGAUAGUGAGGAUAUUUCUUGGAAGGAGCAAUAUGAGGAUGUACAGAAGUAAUAUCAACAGAUGAAGUUAGAUUAUAGAGUUUUAGAACUUAGAUACUAAAAGCUUGAAGAAAAGCAUCAGAGCUAUGAGUAGGAUUAAAACUCAUUGUCCACUGAUAAAGAUAAAAUCAAAGCUUAUGAAUAGGAUAUUUUGGAGCUCGAGGGAUAAUUUAAAGAACUUAAAAAUGAAAAUCUGUAAAUGAAGGUCAAACUCCAAGCCUAACAAUCUGAAAUCAACUCUUAUGAGUCCUAAAUAAACGAAUAUGUAAACUUGAAGGUAGCCCAUGAGGAUCACAAGAUAGAAUAUGAAAGACUAUUGAAGAAGUGUGAAUAGCAAUAAUAAAAGCUAGAUCAAUAGAACUAAAUGCUAGAUAACUAAGCCAAUAUGUCUUUUAUGCCAUCAAAUAGUAGCCCAUCACCUUAUAGAUCUCCAGGAAAAUUAUCUGAUUAGGAUCAAAUGUAGUAUGAAAGAAGAAUCAGAAUGCUCGAACAAGAAAAGGAAAAUCUAAUGAGAUAGAUCUAGUUGGAAUAAUAUAAUAGAAUCGAGAAGCAAAAGCAUAAAUUAGAGCUUGAAGCAAGGCUGAAAACAGCAGAAAUUGAAGCCUAAAAGAGUAUGGAAGAGAGACAAAUACUUGAGAGGUCAAUAAAAGAUUUAAAAAGAGGACAAAAUGACUUGCUUCACAAGAUCAGGGAAAGUUAGGAAUUCCUAGAUGUGUGCACUUCAUUUUUAUAGAGGAAUGGCCUCAUGGCUUCAAGUUUUAUUUCGGAUGAUCCUUUUUGA